AAAACAAGAAAACGUUGUUUUCAUUUUUUGAUUUCAUGUUAAUUCUAAAUGUUUUUGAGCCUAUCAAAUGAUAUAAGUAUUUAAAAUUUAGCUCAGUCGUCCCGGUAAAUGCCGCAACUGCGCCAUGACUGUACGCUAAUCCUAUUCCGUUUGUGAUGCGAAUUACCGGCCGUCGAGGAGUCAGCCCGGGUAAAAGGCCUCGCCCGAAGAAAGUCGUAUCCCCGUUUUGAAUAUGGGAAGAAAGAAGCCUCGCAAGAAGCCGACGGCAGCGGCGACGGCGGCCGCCCAGGCUGCGACGACGGCGGCCGGGGACGGCGCCACGGGUGGUGAUUCUCCCGCCGCCUCAGAGCCGACACCUGCCCCAGCCCCGGCGCCAACUUCAGCUCCGGCGCCGGCCGCUGCACCUGCCGCAGCACCAGCCCCAGCCCCAGCACCGGCUGUAACACCGGCGCCGGCCGCAGCACCUGCUGCAACACUGGCACCGGCCGCAGCACCGGCGCCAAAGUCCUCUUCAACUCCAAGUUCAUCGGGGACAUCUACACCGGCAUCUACGCCGAGGCCGACUCCGGCACCGACGCCCACGCCGACGGCACCACCCGGGCUGACUGUGGGUGCGGGCCGGGGCAGAGGCAGGGGUCGUGGCGCAGACCCGAGAGGCGCGAGAGCCCAGGACUCUCGGCCACAGGCGGCCCAGCAGCCCCAGUCGCCGCCGCCGCCGCAGCUGAAGUCACCUCCGCCGCAGCAGGGGGGUCCGGCCGGCGAUGUUACACGGCAGAUGGCUGCCAUGUCCGUGGCGGAGACGAAAAAGGCCGCAGAGAGCGUGUUCCAGCCGGCGCCCUCGGAGAAGAGCAUCUGCAAGCUGCAGCCACCCAAGAGCAAGGGCCCAGGGAGGAUGGGUCGCCCGAUAAAGCUGUUCACCAACCACUUCAACUUGAGUAUCAAGUGCAGAGAAGUGUACCACUAUGAUGUAGAGUUCGAAAAGAGGAUGCCGAAAACUGUGAAGCGCCGCAUCUUCGAUAAGGCAAUGAAAGAGAACGCACAGUUUGGGAAGUACUUUCCUGUAUUUGAUGGCGAGAAGAAUAUGUACACGGCCCGUCAGCUGCCUCUGAAAGGCAAACAGGUGGAGAUGACGGUGUCGUUCCAGGAGGCGGGCGACCUGGCUCGCGACUAUAAGCUGACGGUGAAGGCGGCCGACCCGUGUCAGGUGGACAUCGAGCCGCUGAUGCAGUACCUGGUCGGCGGCAGCUCCAACAACACGCCGCAGGCGGCCGUGCUGGCGUUGGACAUCGUGCUGCGCCACCUGCCCAGCCUGCGCUUCACACCGGUCGGCCGCUCCUUCUUCCCGGACCAGGGCGGCCGGACCAUCGACAUCGGCGGCGGCUGCGAGCUCUGGAUCGGAUACUUCUCCACCAUCCGCUACGGCUGGAAACAGACGCGCGUCAACAUCGACGUGGCCAACAAGGCCUUCCACAAGCCAAUGCACGUCAUGGAUAAGAUGUAUGAGAUCAUCGGGGACCGCUUCAACCCUGCGCGAGGUCUGGAUCAAAUGCAGUUCCAGGAGGUGAACAAACAACUGGCCAACCUGAAGGUGGAGUACACACGAGGCAACCAGGGGAAGCGCUCCUACCGCAUCAACAAGAUGGUGCGCGACACGCCCAGAACGCACAAGUUCGACCACAAUGGCAGGCAGAUGACUGUGGAGCAGUUCUUCUCCAAGGAGUAUGGUGUCCAGCUGCAGUACCCCAACCUGCCGUGCCUCUGGGUCGGCUCCAAGAACAAGAAGAUUUACAUCCCAGCGGAGGUUUGCACGGUGGUCAAGGGCCAGGUGAACAACCACAAGCUGAAUCCAGACCAGGUGUCUGCAAUGAUCAAGACCACGGCCGCCCCGGCAGACGUCCGUCUGAACCGCAUCAGGGAGUUCGUGCGCCAGGCCGACUUCAACCGGGACCCACACAACCGCGAGUUCGGCCUUCAGGUGGCCGACACGCCGACAGAGGUGACUGGUCGCAUUCUGCCGGCGCCGACCCUGCUCUACAACAACCAGGGCAAAGUGCAGCCGCGCGAUGGCGUCUGGGACCUGCGCGGCAGCCGAUUUCUGGACCCGCACCACCUGGAGCGCUGGGUGGUGCUCGACUACGCGCGCACCUACAACGACAAGCUGCAGAACUUCUUGCGCGGCCUGGCCGACUCGGGACGCCAGGUGGGUAUGAAUAUCGCCCAGCCGGUUGGCGUGGUACAGAGGGACGGUCGCUUCCCGGAGCGCGUGGACGCCGUCCGCGACCUGAGCGAGAUCAAGAAGCAGUACAACUCGCCGCAGCUGGUGCUGGUCAUCCUGCCGGCCAAGAACAAGCUGUACAGCGCCGUGAAGGGCGCCGGGGACGUGGUGGUCGGUCAGCUGACCUCGUGCGUCCUUUCCAAGACGGUGUUCAGGGGAGAUCGGCAGACAGCCACCAACAUCUGCCAGAAAAUCAACGCCAAAAUGGGUGGCUCCAACAACGGCCUGCACGAGAGCACUCGGCCGCCGAUGCUGCGCGUGCCGACCAUCGUGUUUGGAGCGGAUGUGACCCACCCGGCCCCGGACCAGAAGAACAAGCCCAGCAUCGCCGCCGUGGUGGCCAGCAUGGACGCCUCGUUCCACGCGCGCUACGGGCACCGCGUGCUGGUGCAGUACCCGCAGGAGGGCCAGGGGGCCCAAGAACUGAUCGCCGACCUCGGCACCGCUGUAAAAGAGCUGCUGAUCGAGUUCUACAAGAUGAACAACCGAGUCAAGCCACAGCAGAUAGUCUUCUUCCGUGAUGGAGUGAGCGAGGGCCAAUUCCUGCAGGUCAUCCAGCAUGAGCUGGAACAGAUUAAGGAGGCGUGCAGAAAGCUGGAGGCCAACUACCAGCCCAAGAUCACGCUGCUGGUCGUGCAGAAGCGUCACCACACGCGCCUGUUUGCGCAGGACCUGCGCGAGGCCAAGGGCAAGUCGAAGAACGUGCCUCCGGGCACGGUGGUGGACUCUGUGAUCGCACACCCCACCGAGCUGGACUACUUCCUGGUCAGCCACCAGGGCAUCCAGGGCACCAGUCGACCGACCCACUACCACAUUCUUCACGACGACAGCAACUUUACGGCCGACGAGCUGGAGAUCCUUACCUACUACAUGUGCCACCUGUUCUCGCGCUGCACGCGCUCCGUGAGCAACCCGGCGCCCUCCUACUACGCCCACCUGGCCGCCUUCCGGGCGCGUGCGCACCACGACAACUUCUUGGCCGUCAACAACAUCGCCGAGGACCGCCGGCCGUCGCUCGCGGACGCCCAGAGAGCCUGCACACCGCGGACGGUGCCCAUGUACUACGUGUAGAGGCCCCGGGGCACGGCCGGCGCGGGCUGCCGGCGCAGUAGCCACAGCCGCCCGGCUCCUGUAGGCUAGCGGCUGGUGACUGCCGGAUCGCACUGCCAGGCUUAGUGGGUGGUGGCUUUAGCUUUUGUAGUGCGCUCUUGGCAGCUAUCACAGACAGAGGUUCUCAAGUAUUUAAUUAUCUGUUUAGAGGGCUUUUUACUUUUCUUGCUGCUUUGGUAAACAGGAUCCUAUGGCAAGAGGUAUGAAUAAUAUGUAAUCCUGCUUACAUAGUGUAAAAGCGUUACGUUUACACACAGCAUCAGUAAUUUCUAAGCACCCGGUUGAGACGCGCCAAAUUCAUCUGAUUGCCUAGUCCCGUCCCAGCUGGCGGGACGCCGAACUGAUUUCGUCUCCGCGGGGUGCUGCCCUCGCACGCCCCGGAGGACGCGAGUGACGACCACUGGCUGCACGCUCAUGGCUGGGCCAUGACGUGCGCGCUGCACGGACUCCGCGGGCCGUCCGGCGGUGCGCCGGCCGGGCGGCCUCUGCGCCGCGCGCGCUGGCUAUCUGAGGAGCGCCGCGCCAACGGUGCCCCGCGCUCUGUCGGCGGGUUGGCGCCGCGCUCCGAAUUUCCGGCAGCCGGGCGCCGCCGGUAGGCAGCCGCCGCCGUACCGGCGCCCGGCCGCGUGGUCGUGGGUUGAGAAUCGGGCGUCCGCUGUUGCACGAUCAGCUUCUGUGUGCGUCUGUCGCUCUUCAUAGGUUUGUGAACUGAUUUUUUCCCUGCUGGCUUUCUGGAUCAAAUACACGAGCUCUACGUGGU